CUCUGCCCCUCUGGCCAUCAUGCCGCGGGGCCUGGAGGUCCCGGUGCAGGUGUGGGUGGACGAUCAGCUCUUCCAGGCCGACCAGGCGCUGCUGGUGGAGCACUGCGGCUUCUUCCGCGGCCUCUUCCGCUCGGGCAUGCGGGAGGCGCGCGCGGCCGAGGUGCGCCUGGGCGCGCUCAGCGCGGGCGGCUUCCGCACCACGCUGCAGGUGCUGGGCGGCGAGCGGCCGGCUCUGGCGGCCGACGAGGAGCUGCUGCAAGCCGUGGAGUGCGCCGCCUUCCUGCAGGCGCCGGCGUUAGCGCGCUUCCUGGAGCACAGCGUCACGUCGGACAACUGCGUGUUGCUAUGCGACGCGGCCGCCGCCUUCGGCCUGCACGACGUGCUCCACGGCGCCGCGCUCUUCAUCCGCGACGGCUCGCGCGAGCUGGCGGCCGAGCUGGCCCUGCCCGAGGCCCGCGCCUAUGUGGCCGGCCUGCGGCCCAGCAGCUACGUGGCCGUGAGCACGCACACGCCCGCGCCCGGCUUCCUGGAGGACGCGUCGCGCACCAUGUGCUACCUGGACGAGGAGGAGGACGCGUGGCGCACGCUGGCCGCGCUGCCCCUGGAGGCCAGCACGAUGCUGGCAGGCGUGGCCACCUUGGGCAACAAGCUGUACAUCGUGGGCGGUGUGCGUGGUCCCAGCAAGGAGGUGGUGGAGCUGGGCUUCUGCUAUGAUCCAGAGGGCGGCACGUGGCACGAAUUUCCCAACCCGCACCAGCCACGCUAUGACACGGUGCUGGCCGGCUUCGAUGGUCGCCUCUAUGCCAUCGGCGGCGAGUUCCAGAGGACACCCAUGAGCUCCGUGGAGUGCUACGACCCAGCCGUGGGCUGCUGGAGCUUUGUGGCUGACCUGCCACAGCCGGCCACAGGAGUGCCCUGCGCCCAGGCGCGUGGCCGCCUCUUCGUGUGCUUGUGGCGGCCAGCUGACACCACGGCGGUGGUGGAGUACACGGCAAGGAUGGACGCGUGGCUACCUGUGGCCGAGCUGCGGCGUCCACAGAGCUAUGGCCACUGCAUGGUGGCCCAUCGCGACAGCCUCUAUGUGGUGCGCAAUGGACCUUCUGAUGACUUUCUGCACUGUGCCAUUGACUGCCUCAACCUGGUCACAGGCCAAUGGACGUCGCUACCCGGCCAGUUUGUCAACAGCAAGGGAGCACUCUUCACGGCCGUGGUGCGGGGUGACACGGUCUAUACCGUCAACCGUCUGUCCACGCUGCUCUAUGCCAUUGAGGACGGCACGUGGCGGCUGCAUGCGGAGAAGGCUGGCUUUCCCCGGCCCGGCUCCUUGCAGACCUUUCUCCUGAGGCUGCCCCCUGGCACUCCAGGGCCGGUGGCUACUGCCUUGCCAGAACUGUGAGCCCACAGGAGAGGACACCUGAGACUUCCUGAGCCCUGGCUGAAUCUCUGGCCUUAGGAGCUGCUGGGAACUUUUUCCCUGUCUCUGCUUUUUGGUAGCUGAAUGUGUCCUAGAAGCUCAGGGAGCAGCUACAAUGCUGGGGUCUGAGCCCUCAAGUCACUUGGGCUCUCCCGAGAGCUGGUGGGUCACAACAUCAGGGAAAGGGGAGAGGGGAGGAGGUUAACAUUUGAACAACCCAGGUUUGUACGGGAAUGGGUUAGUAAUUGAACAUGGUUAGGAGUGGGCUCUGUGAUGUUAACCAAACUGUUGGUGGGCAAGAAUUAGGCACCUAACCUGUGCUGCACACAGUGCUAAGCCAAAUGAGAGUUACCAGGCCGGGGUACACAAAGCUUAAUCCUAACUGUACAAAAAAAUUUACACAUACUUGCU